AUGCCAGUUAUUUUGCUGGAAUUGAUAAUACCUCUGAUUUCUCAAUUGGUAGAGCAGCUGGCAUGUAUCCAGAAGGUUCCAGGUUCAAUCCCUGGUCUGGUUAUUAUCCAAUUUUAUCAUAUGUAUGACGACAAAAUGCGGACCAAUACAGCCAUCAAAGCUGGAACAAAGCAAAGGAUUUUAGCCCUCAAAGAAGAAAUCCAGGCCUUGAAAUCUGGCGUCUUGAAGACUAAAAGUAUCAACUCUUGGGUCAACCAAGGUUGUGGGAUCUGGUGUCUGGUAUCACUGUUGGAUUCUAUCAGCGACAUGGUAGCGGAACACAAUUGGCAAAUUUAUGAGCAAGGUGACGAAGAGGAUUUAGUGCAACCUCAAGAUUAUAGUGAAAAAGGGUUUAAGGAACUUGUAUAUUAUAUUUCUGCCCUCAAGAAAAAACUGAAUGAAGAUUUUGCAAUUAUGAAAGGAUUGAAUGGAGCACAAGGCGACAACACUGGGAAUAUAAAGCCUGCAGCAGUGCAGUGGCUUUCAGAGUUAUUCCUUGCAUUAUCUACUACUCCUCUUGAUCCUCUAGAUGAGGCUUUUUGCACAAUCUCACAGGUAGCCUUAUUUGCCCUAAUUUGUGACCACCACCCCAAAUAUCUGGUCACAGCAAAAUUGUGGCCAACCUUCAUGUAUGUUGAUUAUAAGUACAACCCCGAGGAUAAUGAGAAGGGGUUAUUCCAAAGCACCUUAUUGCUCAGAGCCUACAAAUUUGUCUUUACAUCGCCCUCCUCUGCAUUUUCUGUACAAAUGCCCCAGAUGCAAAUCAGCCAAAAGUCCAUAGCCUAUAUAGCAGUCCAACUUUGUUUUGCGUUGUCAAGUGUAGGAUCAUGGCGCGUGGAAGGCGGGGAUUUUAACUACCAACAGUUCUAUAACAAUAUACCCAACUUCUUCAAAAUGCCCCCAGGCCCAACUAGUAAGGCCAAAAUUUAA